UAAAAAUACGUUUUCAGAAUACUUAACAAAUGUAUUAAACUGAGUAUUCAAGUUCAAGGGGCUUCUUUAACAUAAAGGAAUUAAGAAAAAUUAAAAAGAAACAAAAUGUUCCGUCGUGCUGUAACAAGAAUUUUAGGAAUAGGUGGUCGGCAAUUAAAAGUUUCACCCAAUAAUGUUGUUCUAAUUACUGGCUGUGAUUCCGGAUUAGGGUUCUCUCUUGCUUUAUACUGCCAUUCCCUUAAUAUGACGGUAAUUUCGGCCUGCCACAAUGUUAACUCAGAUGGAGCUAAAAUGCUACAACAUCUUAAUGAUCCUAAGCGUAUGAUAACAAUAGAAUUGGAUUUACUGAAACCGGAAACCAUAACAAAUACACAGCAGUGUCUACGAGAUAUAUUGACGAAUCACAAUGAUUAUCAAUUCACGGCAUUGGUUAACAAUGCCGGCGUCAUGUGUUUUGGUGAAUUUGAAUGGCAAACAUGGUCGCAAAUUGAAAUGCAAAUAAAUGUUAAUUUAUUGGGUACCAUGAGAUUAACAAGAGAAUUGAUGCCAUUGGUUAGGCAACAUCAGGCACGUAUUAUUAAUGUAACUAGCCAUUGUGGGCUACAGGCCUUGCCGUCUACAUCUCCGUAUGCUGCUUCCAAAGCUGGUUUACGAUUUUGGACCGACUCUUUGCGCAUUGAAAUGCAAUCUUAUGGUGUGGAGGUGGUGAACUUUAUUCCCGGUUCCUUUGUUAUGUCCAGUAAUAUAUCCGCCAGACAACAAGAUCAUGCCAAAUUAAUGUUUAAUAAUUUCAACCGAGAACAACGCGAAUUUUAUGGUACAUACUUUAAACGUUUCAAUGAUUAUUUGAAUAUAAUUUCCGGUUUUAAGCCGGCAAAUAGUAUGAAUGAUACCAAGUUACUCGAAAAAUUUAAAGAUGCAUUAACUAACACCCAACCAAAAGCUUUGUAUAUACAUGAACCAUGGCGAUACAAAAUAUAUCGUUUGUUAUUCUCGAUUUGUCCUGCUCCUCUGGUCGAUUGGUUAAGUAUUAAAUUUUGUGCAAUGCCAACUUAUCAACAAGUUCAACAGGAAAGUAAUUGAAAAAAUAAAGUGAUUUUUUAUAGUUGUUUAAUAUUUUAUAGAAUAUAUUUGCAUUUGAUAUAAAUAUUUAAUAGUUUUGUUGUAAAAUUAAAUUAGUUUAAUAACAUGAUAAUUAAAAUAAAAAUGGAAAAAUUAUAGGGGAAGAAAGAAAA